AUGCAAUCAAUUUGCAUUGCAACGUUUCAAAGAAAGUCUGAUGAGUUCAUAGAUCUUGACGAAAAAUUUAUUUCAUUUCUGAUGGAAUCAAAGGAAACAAAAGCAAAGGAAGAAGUGAAAUGUAAGGUGUUGUUAGCAUGGACCAAACAUGAUAUUGAUGAAAGAAAGGAAUGUUUUCUCAGUUUGGUGAUGAAAUUUCAGUUGACAAAAAUGACUUUGUCAUAUAGACGAUUUCUUGUUGAAAAUGAACCACUGUUAUUCGAAUCUAUGCAGUCUCUUCGUUCACUGACUUUAUCAAUCCUGGACAGCCAUCCUGAGAAUAUCAGUUCAAAAGAUUUCAAUUUGACAGAGAAUAAACAGCUUGUUGUUUUUGACCAAACUUCUCAAAGAAUGCAUUCUCAUGAUGUUGAUCAGGGACUUGAAUAUGCUGAAUCAAAUGCAAAGUGGGAACAGAUGACAAAUACAAAUCUUCAGUGGGCAUGUGCAGUUGCACUUGAUGGUUUUGUUUAUGGUAUUGAGUAUGGAAAGCACUCAAACAUAAUGGAAAGAUAUGAUCCAUCAAAUAAUAGAUGGACCAGACUAACAAACAAAUCAUUGAUUCUAGCUUUUGAAUCUUUGGUGUCUGCUGAUAGAAUGGUAUUUUGUAUUGCCGGAUAUAAUCAGCAAUAUCGAGCAACAAACCAAGUUGAGAUUUAUGAUCCUGUCACAUCAACUUGGUCAAUGGAUAAUAGAUCAUUAAAUGAAGCAAGAUAUUGGGCUUCUGCAACUGCAGCAGAGAAAGGAAUAUAUGUUAUGGGAGGUUAUAAUGUUAAUGGAAAAUCAACUACUGUUGAAUUUCGUUCAUCUGUAACUAAAACCUGGAUGAUGUUGAAACCAAUGAAAACUGCAAGAGCAGAGGAGUUCAAUAGUUGUGUGAUUGAUGAUAAAGUUUAUGUCAUUGGUGGAAAUGGAAAUCCUGCAAAUAUAGAGGAAUAUGAUCCGGAAACAAAAGAAUGGAAAAUCAUUGAAACAAUACAAGGAAAAAAUAUUUUUUCAAGAGCAACAGUUGCAAUAUCUAUAUAA